GGUUGUUGUAAAUCAAGAGGAAUACUCAUGUGUUCACUUUUGUAUGUGUCUGAUACCUCUAUUUCUGGGUUCUUUUUUUCAUUGAGUCAUAUUUGUAUGGGGGCUUUAAUUUAGCUGAAUGAUUUCUUAUUCAAAACCAGCAUAUAGGUUUUAGUUUUUCAUGAAGAAAAUAAAAUUAUUUUAGUGAAACAUAAUAUCUGAAAUUUUGAGUAAAUGUGUCUAUAUGAAUUUAAGAUUGUUUGAGCUGUUUAAUUUUUAUUGUCACAAUUUUUCUGGUUGCUGAUUGAGGGAUUGGAAGACGGACCACACUUUUUUUUGGCUAUGUUGGUUUAGGGACUUUGGCUUUAGGGUUUAGAUGGUUGUAGUUAGCUCACGGUUCUGAUUAGAGACAGGAGAAAAUCAUUGAAGUUUAGGUUGUAAUUAGGUCACUUGAACAGAAAGUUAACAACUAUGGGUGAAUCUUAUCUAGUUUAUUGAAUGUAGAAUGUUCUCAGAUGUUGCAAUAAUGAGAUUUUCUUCUUUCUUUUUCCUUCUGGUUAUUCUUCUAAGAAAAUGAUAUGUAUGGGUUUAUUGACUUUAGUUUUUGUUUUUGGUAAUCCAGAGCCAUGCCAACGUUUUCUGCUAUAGCUUUGGAUAGGUUGUUAUAACCUGGAACUUCAGAAUCUAUUGACAAGUCUAGUCCUAAUAUGAAACCAUCUUUGCCCAAGCCAAAGCUUAUAACCAAUUCGAAGCUAGAGUAGGAAGAGUGCAUCAGUAACUGAAAGGAAGGUUAAUCAUCCCCAAAUAUCAUCACCUGCCCUCUAUGCCACUCCUGAGACAACUCCACUACCCGAUUCACCAUCUUCGUUCCCUCCAUCACCUUACAUUAUUAAUCACAAAUGCCGCAGACCUCGCCUUUUGAAGAGCUUUUCUGAAAACAACAUAUCAAUUCGGAAGAAAACCACUAAAGAAAGUGAGGUUAAUGGAAAGAUAGAGCUUAUAGAAACCAAGUCCGUUGAUCUAUCUAAGGAUGUUUCUAUUAGUUUUAGAAUUCAUAAACCUGAUGAAGAGGAGCAUGAGAAUGGUGUCAAUAAUGGUCCUAUUAAAGUAGAGCAAGCAAAUGGUUUCCAUGCUAGCUCCAUUCAAGAUGAGCACAUGAAUGGUAUCCAUGAUGGUGAAUUUGGGAGCAGUAAUAUAGCAGUUGAAAGCAGGCGAAUGAAUAAUGGUAUGGCCAGUGAUAUUGCUUCGCCAAAGCUUGUUUCAUUGAACUUGAACAGAGGUGAUGAAAGUGAAGAUUUCUUUGAUCCAAAGGAUUUCAUGAGCGCCACAACUAAUACCGAUGGAGAUGAUGAAAGUACUGCAAGGCUUGGUACCUCAGGGGUUGAGUUUUUUUAUGCGUGGGAUGAAUUAUCCUCUGAGAGUGGUACACAUCCUAGCUAUCGUGAUACUGAAGCUGAAGUGCGAGAAAUAAGAUUGAGCUUACUCAUGGAAAUAGAAAAGAGGAAGCAGGCAGAAGAGGCUCUAAGCAAGCUGCGAUGUGUGUGGAAAAGAAUGAGCCAAGUGUUGGCUAUUGUGGGAUUGUUACUGCCUGUAGAUCCUAUUGAUGUGACAGAUGAUGAUCUGGUGAAACAAGCUCAAGAGAUGAGGCAACAAGCAGAUAUUGCACGAUUUUUAUCAUUAUGUGUUGGAAGGGGUAUUGCAAGGGCAGAGUUGGAGACGGAAAUGGAAUCUCAAAUUGAGUCAAAGAACUUCGAAAUUGCGCGAUUAUGGGUUAUUAUAAAUUUAGUUUAUGUAAUUCUCAUUUUGUGAACUUGUUUGGUGUUUAUCUCCAUAGGUUAUUAUAAAUUAGUCUUAUCAUGUUGGUUGUUUAGGCUAUUAACGUAUCCUAUUUUCUUUGUGGUUAUGAACCAAGUGGCGAUCGUUAGUUUAAGCUCAUUCUAGUAGUAUCCAUUGACCGAACUGUUAUAUGGGUUUAAAAGAGUAUGAGGCUGUAU